AUGGCGAAAUCCAAGGAACCACAUGUCAGUACGACCGCGGAGCAUGCCUCCAACAAGAAUGUUGUGUCAGAAAUCGCCAUUGUCGCAGGUUCGGAGGCAAUUGCAGAAGCCAGAUUGAAAGAGCCCGUAAAGCUCUUCACCAGCUCGGCCAUCCUGCUUUACAUUUGCGGGUUUGUUGGCUUCUUUUGCUCCACCUGCAACGGAUUCGAUGGCUCCAUGUUCGGUGCUCUUCUCACCAAUAAGCAAUUCAAGGAAUACUAUAAUGUCCAAAGUACCGGUGCUUGGGCUGGUAUCGUGACAUCAAUGUAUCAGAUAGGGGGUGUUGUCGUGCUUCCUUUCAUCGGCCCGGCUUGUGAUACCUGGGGCCGCAGGGUCGGUAUGGUUAUCGGAGGCACUCUUGGUUGCAUCGGUGUAAUUAUCCAAGCGACUUCCCCCGCUUCGAGCCCUGUAGGGCAAUUCAUGGGCGGUCGUUUUCUGCUUGGAUUUGCCGUCCCGAUAAUGUCGACUGCCGGACCCGUGUACGUCAUCGAGACUGCGCAUCCGUCUCAUCGCGGUGUCAUAACUGGUCUUUACAAUACGUUCUGGUUUGUUGGAUCGAUUCUUGCAGCCGGCGUUACGCGUGGAUCUGCGAAUCUUGCAGGCAAUCAGUCCUGGAAAAUUCCUGUGUGGAUGCAGAUGCUCUUUCCAGGCCUUCUCGUUGUACUACCCUGGUUCUUACCCGAAUCGCCUCGCUGGCUUUACACUCGUGGCAAACAGACAGAAGCCAAGAAAAUUCUUUCAAAGUAUCAUGGCUGUGGCAAUGAGGAUAGCAUAUGGGUCUCCAUGCAAGUCCAUGAGUAUAACAUCUAUCUAAACAUGGAUGGAGGUGAUAAGCGCUGGUGGGAUUACAGGUCUCUCUUCAUGAGCCGCCCAGCCCGCUACCGUCUUGCUUGCAACUGCGUAGUGUCCAUCGCUGCUCAAUGGGCCGGAAAUGGAGCCGUGGAUUAUUUCAUUGCGGGAGUGCUUGAAUCGGCUGGUGUUACAUCAGAGAUCAAGCAAAUGAACAUCAACCUGGGCAAGAGCUGCAUGCAACUUACCUUUGCUGUCAUUGGUGCUACGUUCGUUGACAAGCUCGGCCGCCGACCCAUGUUGAUAGGCACAUUCAGUAUCAUCAGCUUCGUCUGGGUUGCUGCUAUUGGGGCAGUCUCGUAUCAGAACAGUCACCACAGUAUCCCUGCUGGCAACGCCUUUGUCGCACUAGUAUUUCUCUUCAACGCCGUCUUCGCCUUUGGUAUUACGCCGCUCCAAGCCCUCUACCCAGUCGAGGUGCUCUCUUUUGAGAUACGAGCCAAAGGCAUGGCAUUCUCGCAGGUUGCGCUCCAAGCGGCUAUGUUGAUCAACCAAUUCGCGUAUCCUGUCGCUCUGAGAAAUAUCGGCUGGAAGCUGUAUAUUGUCUUUGCCUGCUGGUGCCCCGUCCAGGCAUUCGUUGUCUGGCUCUUCAUUCCAGAGACCAAGAACCGUACUCUUGAAGAAAUCGAUGACAUCUUUAAUGCACCGAAUCCAAGAAACGCAUCGCUUAUGAAGAAGAAGGUUGCUGUUGAUGGACAAGGAAAUGUUCUUGAGCAUGAGAAGAUCUAA